AUGCUGCUGCCUGGCACACAGCUGGUUCGCCGGCCUCUCCACUGUAUCCGUGCUUGGGGCCACCUGCCCUCACGCUCCUUCAUGAAUCUCAGGGAGCUCGUUUCUGCCCUGAAUGACUUUGCAUCUCUGUCACUGGCUGAAAGCUGGGACAACGUGGGGUUGCUGGUGGAACCAAGUCCUCCCCACACUGUGAACACCCUUUUCCUCACUAAUGAUCUCACUGAGGAGGUGAUGGAAGAGGCAGUGCAGAAGAAGGCAGACCUUAUUCUCUCUUACCACCCUCCUAUAUUCACACCACUCAAGCAAGUAACGUGGAAGACCUGGAAGGAACGGCUGGUGGUCCGAGCCCUGGAGCACAGAAUCGGGAUUUACUCUCCGCAUACGGCGUACGAUGCCAUACCUCACGGAGUCAACGACUGGCUAACAAAAGGACUCGGUGCCUGUACUUCCGUCCCACUGCAUCCAUCAACUGCGCCAAGCUAUCCAGCUGAGGGCACUCACCGGGUAGAAUUCUGUGCAGACAACACUGAGCAUCUGGACACGGUCCUGUCCAAAAUCAAAGACAUCCAAGAGAUCUCCUGUCUCGCUACUCUCCCUGCCAGGGUUGAAGGUGAGGAGCAAACACGAGUCAGUUUGAACUGCUCUCAGAAAGCACUGUUGGAGGUGGUGGCAUUAUUGUCCCAGAACAGCCUUCUUUAUCACAAGACCGAGAUUCUCUUAUUACAAAAGCCUCUUCUUCCCCAUACUGGAAUGGGACGUCUGUGCACACUGAGCGAGCCAGUCUCCUUGUCAGACAUAAUUGAGCGUAUCAAAAGCCACCUAAAAUUACCCCACGUCCGCUUAGCCAUGGGAAUGGGCAAGACACUAGAAUCGCCAGUGAAGAAAGCUGCCCUGUGUGCUGGUUCUGGGAGCAGUGUCCUGAAGGGCAUGGAAGCUGACCUCUAUCUCACAGGAGAGAUGUCCCACCAUGACGUUCUGGAUGCAGUUGCCAAUGGAAUAAGUGUUAUUCUGUGUGAGCACAGUAACACUGAGCGAGGCUUCUUGUCAGAGCUGCGUGACAUGCUAGCUAUCCACCUACAGAACAAAAUCCACAUAAUUGUGUCUGAGAAAGACAGAGAUCCCCUUCAGGUGGCAUAGGGAAAAAAAUUAGGAGUGAGAGAAUUCAGUCAAGAGUUUCAUUUUAUCUUGCACAGAGCUAUCCAAAGGCAAGCUUAAUGAAGAUGCUCUGAAUUGGUUCCAUACAGAAUGAUUGUACUGUAUGUUCCUUCAAAGUUUGAGAUAUAUUUUGUCAUCUGUCAGAUAAAUAAAUGCUUGGUUUGG